GUCGUGAAUCGCUUUUGUAUACAUAUAUGUACGACAUACAUAUGUGCAACAAAUCGUGUAUACAUAUAUAGGCAUGGUGGAGGCUCGGAGAAAUUCUCGUGUUUAUUAAUAAUUUCUCUCGGCGUUGUAUGAAAUAGAGCCAGAAACGAUUUAGAAUUAGAGCAAUUAGAGAUCGUUGAUGAAGUAGCUCUGUCUGUUUCUGAUUUGACUGCUAACUCCCGAUUGCAACUUGGAGAUUAAUCGCGGCGGCUCUUCGCAAAAUGUACGAAAAACCGUCAGAGCUCUAUUCUUGAGAAAGAGAAGCCCGGGCCCGGUUUCUCGACUAACUUGAUUAUUGAACAUACAGGGCAAAAUUCGCCGCGUACUUCAACUAUUAAAAUGGCUGCAUCCUUGUCAGCUUAUUGGGUGAAGUUCUUCAAGGGAGCUGGAUUUUCGCAAGAUGUGGCCACUAGACAUGCAGUUGUAUUCACGAAUAAUCAUAUCAAACCGGAUAUGUUGCCAGAUUUGGAUAAACCUAGUCUAAAAGAAAUGGGCAUCACGUUAAUGGGCGAUAUGAUUGCUAUUUUGAGAUACGCCAAGAAAGUAGUGGAGGAAACGACGUGCGAAAGAUUUUUAGUCGAUUCAGAAGACACCCUUCCGACUCCGAAAGUUUCUACGAAACCUGUCGUGAAGAAAGUGGUCAAAGAAAUUGGAAAUAAGACUAUGAUUUUGACGGCGUCUAAAACUGAUCCUACAAAGAAGAUAGUUAAACCUUUAUCUACAGCGAAGAAGAUUGUGACUGUAAGGAAACCAAUUUCUACUCCGGUCGCCACUAGUACUGUUAAUCAAAAACAGAUAGCUCUCAAAAGAAAAUUGGUAUCGGAAGAGGUAUAUGAAAACAAUGAAGAUAAUUGGAAUAACUUGGAAAAGAAAAUAAAGGUGACAAAUGGUAAUGAAGACAAUACUGUUGAAUAUACUGCUGCGACGCCAAAGGUAACAACAGUAAGAACUCAGAUACUGAAGAAACCUGUUGAAAAACGAACAGUAUUUGAUAGAUUAGGUGAUAGCUCAGUUACGAGCACAACCAAUUUAGCUGACACGACGACUACUUUCAAUAUUACCGGAGUUGGUAAGGAUGUGUUUAAGAGAUCGACUAGCGUUUUUAAGCGUCUCGGCGAUAUAGACGACAAGAAGGAUCACGCAAUUACCACAGGAAUACUUAAGAAUGGAUCGGGCACUACUGGUACACCAGGUAUAUUGAAAAACCGAACGUCGCCUAGCAUACGCACGUCAAUCAUAACGACAAAGCGAGUCGUGCCUAAGACCACCGGCACUAUGCAUGCCGAUCAUGAAGUCAGCAAGAAGAUUACUUUGAAUAAUACAAACCGUAUACUGAAGCUGAAAAAGGAAGUAGUACCUCCUAGUAAUGUUAAACUGAGCAUCAAAAGUAUUACGAAACCUGCUGUUACAUCUGGCAAAUUAGCUUCAGAACGACUUAUCUCGAUACCAGCCAAAGCACGCCUGGGCACAACCAGUACUCCUGCCAUCAAACAAGUGACUUUCAGUAAAGUGGCAACAGUGACGCGCGUCAAGAAAGCAGAUGUUUUCAGUCGCUUGGGUAUUUAAAUUAGGCUUUCUUGUAUCCUCCCCUGCUAUCAAUCGCAAACGAGCAGUGGUCAAUCGCAAUCGAAACUGUUAUUUGUUUAAAGUUAGAUUCUUCAAGCCGGCUGCAGUGACAUUGGUUAAUAUUAAUUUAACUUUAUGAUUCAAGUUUUUUUUAUUAUGAAUGGAACAUAUUACUAACUAAAGUCGCUUGCAAGGCUAUUUCAAGAAUGUUGCGAAUGACAUGUACGAUGUAAAUAUAAUAAGAAUUAAUGACUUAACGAUUAGAUUCGCAAUUUAGUAACGCUCAUAAAAAAUGCAAAUUGGAUAAUUUAGUCUAAUAAGAUGUUUUUUUAUUGAAGAAUUUCUAUAAGAUUAUACAACUUUUUUCUUUCUUUGUUUUUCCUUUUAAGAGGGUUUACCAGACGAUUGAAUUUCGGAUAAAGUUUGAGCAAUUGCGAUCAUAUCCUAUAAAGCAUAAUUAUAUUUUAAACUUGGAACUGUGUGUGUGUGUGUAUACGAGCCUUUUCGAUUUUAAGGGAAAAAAAAGAAAG